CCCCCCGCCUCCAAGCGGUGCUGCGGCUCAACGGACCGUGAUGCCUCCGCCAGCGAAAGAGUUCCCACCGAUCCCCCCGCUCCACGCCGAGCCCUGCGGACCGCCCCGGAAUCUGUGAUUACAGCAGCGAAGGCUGAGUGAAUGUUUCUUAAAAUAAAUCCCAAACAAUGCACAGACAAUCCAAGAGCCCCCUGAAAGUCAAAGAAAACGAGAGUGGUUGUCUCGAGGAGAAAGACGAGGCCUCUCUCCCUCCACCAAAAGACCAGAAGAGCUGCAAAAGGACUAAAUUCCGAGUCGUCAGAGCGUCCAGGAAGGAGAAUUUGAGCGAUGGGAACCCGCUGUGGCCACCAAAACGUGCCCUGAGCUCCCCCCGAGGCCUCGGGCAGGAGUUGCCCCACCCCGAGGGGGAUCCCGGGAGCUGCCGCCUCCCGGGGGCUGGUGGGGAUGUGGGCACUGAUCCCACCUUGCCUGGGCACAGGCAGGAGGAGUUUCCAGGCAGCAGGGCUGGUUCCUUGGGCAGCGAUUCCCACGCGACUCCUGAGAGGGGCAAUGCUGAAGGAAAAGCUGAUUUGGGGCUGUCUGAAGGGCAGAGGGGAAAACCCGUUGAUUUUGCUGCUGUGACAAUUGCUGAGUUUGGGAUUGCUCCCGAGAGCUUCACUGAACGCUGUAAAGGGGAUUCUCCGAAUUUGUUAAAGCUGAGGCGCAGAUCGACCAUUGGCCUGAGGGGCUCCCCGGAAAACAACACCCUGAUCCGGUACCUGGCCCAGCAGAGGAGCAGGAGGCAAAAAGAAGUUUUUACCCAGAUUAGUCCUUUUAAACAUGCAAAUGUCAGGUCGUUGAAGGACAAGAUUGAAACCUUUCAAACAUCUUUUGAAUCCCUCCAAGAAGCUGAAGGGGAAACUGGGCUGUGCCAUGGGGAGGAUUCUCAGGAAGGAGGCUCUUCUCAGAACAAAGUGCCUCUUAAAAAGGAGCCAAACCUGGAGCAGUGGAGUGAAAAGUUGAUGUUGGACAAGAGUGGAGCUGAUUUGAAGGAGAACUGCAGGGAAAAUGUGACCAUGACCAGUAAAUCUGACCCCUGGAUCUGCAGCAUCUUGUCCCCAAACCCAGCUGUGACUCAACCUGCUGCUCCAAAGGAAUGGGUCUAUGGGCAAAAAGACCUGGGGGUGUUUGAGGAGAGCAAAGCCCUUGUCACCCCACCUGCCACCCCCCAGGGAACAGGGACUGCUGCCUUCAGUGACCUCACCCAGAGCGGCUCCCUGAGGUCCAUCCUGAAGAAAAACCCAACGAGGCAACUCCUGGACAGCCCCAAGGAAUACUUGAAGGAUGCAGUUGGCAGAGGAGGAGGUGAUUCUGUCCCAGUCUCCUACUGUGAAAAAACCUUUGAAGCAUCAGACACAGACAACACCGACAGUCUGGACUUCAGGACUCCAAAGAAGAAAAAAGUCACUUUUGGGGAAGUUCUGAGCCCUGAAAUCUUCGACCAGACGUUGCCUGCAAACACCCCCCUGCGCAGAGGAGCCUCCCCAGGCCUGAGCUCCAGCCCUGCCCCAAGGCCAGGCUUAACUGCACAACCUCCACCCAGGCUGCAUUUUGAUUGUGAUGAUGAAUGUGUUGAGCCUCCCCAACACUUCCUGGAGGCUUCUUGUGCUGUAGAAGACCCUUCACCUGUUGAAAAUGCAGAAGCACCAACUGACAAACCUGACACGGUAAAAACUCGUUCUUCUGCUAAAAGGAAGCUGAGAGCAGAGUCAGGGCAGGCUGAUUGCAGCCCCUCAGGAGCCUCCAGCACCAGGAAUGCUGAAAACAUGGAAAUUCCCAGGAGGAACAAGACCCAGAGACAGAAGAACCCACCCACCUCUGCUCCCAGAAAGACCCAGAGGACAAGGCAGACAAGCUCUGGCAAAAGAAGAAAGAGAAAAGCCAAAAAACCUUUGUAUGGGGAAAGAGAGAUGGCUUCUAAGAAACCCCUCCUCAGCCCUAUCCCUGAAAUCCCAGAGGUUUUCUCUUCUGCCUCAUCCCCAGACUCACCAAAGGCACAGUGGCUUUUUUCAGGUGGUGCAGUUGCAGUUAAUCCCAAAUCCUGGAAUGCUGGCCGGGAGCAGGCAGUGGUUGAAGGGCUGGGAGGGAAGAGCAUCAUCCCUGCAGCUGAUGUGAAUCCAAGCUCCUGGGACCUGGACAUGGCCCCAUCCAGGGAUGGCACCUUCCAGGUGUCCCUGGAGGCUGCUUGUGGCGCUGCUCAGGAGGUUCCAAACGUUGUGCCAGAUGCAGAGGGUGGUUUUGGUACACCUUUCCAGCAAGGUGAAGAGGCUGCAUGUGAAAAUGAAGCAGAAGAGAGUAGUUCCUUGAGAGAAAAUGAGCAGCUCCAGGGAAAUCUCCUGGAAUUUCUGGAACAACAGGCCACCGAUGUCCACGAGGGUGCCCACAGAACUCAGUGCCCUCAGCCAGCUUCUCUAAGUGGCAGAAGAAGACGAAGAAGAAGCAGCAGUGCCAUCUACUUUCCUCCUGUUGAAUCCUUGGAAAUAACUGGGACUGACCUCCCAGUCUCAUCCUAUAACGUGGAGGAAGUUUUGUCUGUUCCCAGAGUUCCCUUCCAGCCUUCCCGGAGCAGGAGCGGCACCAGCGGCGACACCAGAGUGAGGCGCAGCACGAGGCUGAGCAGAGAGGCAGGGAGGGAGGGCCUGGUGUGGAUUCAGCUCCCCAGAGACAUCCCAAAGGAGCCCCCCCUGGCAGCUGCUGCUCCCAGAUCCAGGAGGAGACUCAGCACGUCCAGCCAGGCGGGAUUUGGGAAUGGUCACCCCGCAGAGCGGGAGCCCAGCCUGCUGUCGGCCCUGGGGAAGGAGAAUGAGGACUCUGCUCGUCGUGCUGAGGGUUCUGGCAGAAGGGGGAGGAGGAAAAGUGCACCCACACCCCCAAGAAACAUCUUGAGCUCAAAGCCAGCAGAGGAGAAUCACAAAUCCUGUAAAUAAGAGGGACAGAAAUAGCACGAAACACUCUGAGGAAGCAGAAAUUCCUCUUGAGGUGGCACUCAGCGAGGUUUUAUCUCUCUCUGGUUUCCUGAAGUGAAGAUCAGUAUCAGAGUUUUAUGUUCUCUCUCAAGUGCUGUUUUCUCCUCUCUUCCACUUUUAGUUCCUUAUUAAUUUUUUCUGCAUAACUUAGAGCUAAUUUUCCUUGUCUUGAUGCCUCAAAUGCUUGCAGGUCAGACCCGUGGGGAAGGCUGGCUUGGC